AUGCAGAUGGAGCUGCGGUCUUUAGAAAAGUCAGUUGCUGGCGAUAUCCGAGCACUGAACCCUCUCCUCUUUCAGCGCUUCGAUGAUGUCCAGCUAGAUAGGCUGCUUCGUGCCAUGCCUUUCCUGAGGCUCUCUGUUGGCCGUUGGCUGUUCGGCUGUGAUCAGCUGGCAGCAGCCUGGCCAAAAGGUUCCAGAUCCUUUCUGCUCAUGGCAGGCAAAAUCAAUCUCUUCCUAGAUCCCAAUGGCGUGGGUGAACGUCAAGAGAUUGGCAGAGGAGCCAUCUUUGGAGAGAAGCAUUUCAGGCUGGGCGAUGAGUCCAUGCUGGACGCAGUAGGUUACCGUGAGAACGGUGUGCAGGCAGCGUAUGCAGACCGUGCCUUUGGAAAUCGCAAGAUUGCUUUGAGCAUGCGGCACGCAUCGUUGAGCUUUGCGGAGAAGACCAAGCUGCUCGAGGAGAAGCAGUCUGGCGCCGUAAAGCAUGCUUUGGAGGAGUUGGCCAAGGCAAUGCUGGAUUCAUGCACGCCUUGCAUUGACCCAUCGCCCUUCCGUGCAAGCAUGAAAUGCAACUCCUGCGGUGUGCGUUUGGAAGGUCUCCACUCAACUCCACUUGCUCUCGGGCCAGGAGAGUCUAAAAUUGCAUUGCACAUUGUGCAGAUUAGCACCUAUUGA